AUGGGUAGUGUUGUUGGACUUAAAUGUUUUGAAGACUCAGGUAGUGAGUACAAUCCGAGUGACGUUUUAUACGAAUCAGAUUCUGAUGACAGUAUUAGUGUAGAACCAGAUAAUGAAAAUACCCAAAAUUUAGCUCAACAGGAAAAUAGUAUCAUAUCUGAUGAAUGGUUUAAUGUUACAGGAGAUUUUCGAAAAAAUAUUAUUUUUACUGGAGACAGUGGUAUCAAAUGUAACAUUGACCAAGAAUCUAAACCUAUUGAUAUUUUUAACCUAUUUUUGAAUGAUGAAGUAUUGAAUUUGAUUGUAACUGAGACAAACAGGCAAGCUAAAAGGUACAAAAGACAAUGGAUAGACACAGACAGUUUAGAAAUUAAAAAUUUUUUAAGUAUUGUAAUGUACACAGGUAUGGUUGGUUAUCCUAAGAUAUCUGACUACUGGAGUCAACAUACUUUUUACAUAAAUAGUUAUGUACCAAAAAUUAUGGCUCGUAAUCGUUUUCAGUCAUUGCUUAGAUUUUUUCAUAUUUCUAAUAAUGAUUAUAAUCCAGGGGAUAGGUUAGGAAAAAUUCAACCUAUAGUUGAUUUAUUAAAUAAUUCAUUUAAACAAAGCAAAGUCCCAGCAGAAAAUGUAGUCAUUGAUGAAACAUUAGUACCAUUUAGAGGUCGCAUUGUAUUCAGGCAAUAUAUUCCAAAUAAAGCAGCAAGGUAUGGAAUUAAAUUAUAUAAAUUAUGUGACAAUAUAGGUUAUACAUAUAACUUAAGUGUGUACAGUGGUAAAGAUACUAACAGAUCUAACAGUAACAUUUCUUGUGCUGGUAAAGUUGUUCUGUCAUUAAUGGAAAAUUAUUUAAAUGAAGGAAGAACUUUAAUAGUAGAUAAUUUUUACACAGGUCUUCAUAUUGCUCACAUUUUAUUAGACAAUAAUACUCAUAUAGUAGGUACCCUUAGGAAAAAUGUUAAGUUUUGUCCUAAGGAUGUUUUAAAUGCAAAACUGAGAGUAGGUGAAAUAAAAGGAAAAGAAAAUGAAAAAGGUGUUGUUGUCAGUAUAUGGAAGGAUAAAAGAGACGUUAGAUUUUUGUCAACAAGACAUGGAAUUGAAAUGUUAAAUACUGGGAAAAAAAAUAGAAAAGGUACAGCAGUGGUUAAUUCUUUAAUUUCAUACAAAGAAGUAACUGGUAAGAAUAUUCAAAUAUCUGAAUUCAUUCAAAAUAUUAGUCAAGAGUUGAGUCAGCUGGGUAACAUAAGUUCACCAUCUUCACAAACUAAAAAACAUUAUUUAGUUGAAGGAUCAGAAGUUAAUAAUGGCAAUAGGAAAAAACGCCGUAGAUGUGGUAAAUACUAUAUCAAUUUGAGUAAAGUAUUUGGGAGAGAAGAGGCACAAAAAAAAUGUAAGCAAGUAUAUACUUAUUGCUCUACAUGUGAAGACAAACCAUACCUGUGUUUAGAACAUUUUCAAAAGAAUCAUAAAUAA